AUGAAAUCUCGUUGUUUUGAUAGAGUAGAAAAGGAAACAAAGAUCUCAUUCGCAAACUUUCGCGAGAAGAUGGCUCAGGCGUACGACUUCGCACUCGAUAGGAUCGGUAUAGACAUCCAGUCGUAUCCCAUUUGGAACGAUUACGUCCAGUUCCUCAAGAAUGUGGAGGCCGUCGGCAGUUAUGCUGAGAACCAGAAGAUUACUGCCGUUAGAAGAGUGUAUCAAAGAGGAGUCAUUAAUCCCAUGACUAGUAUUGAGGCCUUUUGGAAGGAUUAUAUCACUUACGAACAGAACAUUAAUCAAAUGAUAGCCGAGAAGAUGAUCGCCGACCGUUCAAAGGACUACAUGAAUUCCCGGCGAGUGGCCAAAGAGUUUGAAGCGGUCACCCGUGGUCUCAAUCGUAACGCACCGGCAGUUCCGCCGCAAACCACUGCCGAUGAAGUAAAACAAGUGGAACUCUGGAGGAAAUACAUUCAGUGGGAGAAAAGUAAUCCUUUGAAGACUGAAGAUAUUCCACUAGUCAUUAAAAGAGUUGUGUUUGCAUACGAGCAGUGCAUCCUAUGUCUGGGCCAUCACCCGGACGUUUGGUACGAAUACGCCUCUUAUUUGGAUGAAAAGAGCAAAUGGAUGGGAGAGAAGGGAGAUAUGAAUCAACAAAAGACAUUACUGGACGACGUGUCCACUAUUUACGAAAGGAUUACCUCAACACUGCUCUCCAAUAAUGUUUUAAUCAACUUUGCGUACGCGGACUUUGAAGAGUCGCGAAACCGAAAGGAAGAAUCGAUUAAAAUAUACGAGAAGUUACUAAAUAUCCAAACGCCAUCAUUUGAUCCAACACUGGCUUACAUUCAAUAUAUGAAGUUUAGGCGACGAACUGAGAGCAUCGCAACCGCCAGAAGUGUAUUCAAAAGGGCUCGAGAAGACAAUCGCUCCGGGCAUGAGAUCUAUACGGCGGCCGCACUCAUGGAAUAUUACUGCAACAAAGACGCAAACGUGACGUCAAAGAUCUUUGAGUUGGGGCUCAAGAAGUUCGGACAUUCACCAGAUUUCAUACUUUCAUAUAUUGAUUAUUUAAGUCAUUUGAAUGAAGAGAAUAACAUACGAGUGCUCUUUGAGAGAGUCCUCACUACCGGAACACUUCCACCGGAAAAGUCACUUGAGAUAUGGAAUAAGUUUUUAGAGUUUGAGUGUCAUAUCGGAGACCUCUCUUCCGUUAUCAAAGUGGAGAAGAGGAGAGCCGUUGCCAUUGAAAGACUCAACAAACAGACCUCAGAGACCGCAUGGCUUGUCGACCGCUAUAAGUUUCAGAACCUAUUGCCCUGCGCUCAGACUGAGCUCAAGUCAAUCGGUUAUGUCGUCAAACAGCACCAAAACAAUCCGUUCACUCCCACUGUCGCUAAUGUCGUUUCGGCCGCACUUCCCUCAAGUCUCACCACUUUUCCCAAACCAGACUUCUCUCAAAUGGUUCCCUUCAAACCCAAACCAAAUCCAAUCGGAAAUCUGAUACCCGGGGGUGUAUUCCCGCCGCCGCCAGCAGUGACCACACUAUUGGCACAAUUACCUCAUCCGUCGUCAUUCAACGGUCCGUUUGUCAAUAUCGAUGAUUUGAUUGCUUUGAUUCGCACAAAGUUCUCGACACUUGAUUCCACUCUUCGUCCGGAAGGCGUUUCAGCACAAGAGGGCCGCAAGUAUUUCGCCACUGCUGUCGAAACGGCUGAGAAUAACGCCAACAAUAGUAAGCGAGCGCUGAAUGAGGACGAAGAGGAGGGGGAGGGCGACGAGAGUCUACCGCCUCCGCAGUUCGACAUUUACCGGAGCCGACAAAUGCAGAAAAAACCGCGAAAUUAGUUUAAAAUUCAAGAUUUUAUUUUUGAUUAAAUUUGUUUAUUUCUUUUUUCUUCU